UUGAAAUUUCUUCCAUGCUCUGGUAGUUGCCCACCUGUUGCGUCCUCGUCCAGCAACCGGUGGUGGGAACCACUCUCACGAACGCCGCCGUCGCCGCUGCUUAUAAAAGGGCACGCACACAGCUCAAAACAAUUUAUUGCGUGCUCCCCGCGUUCCCAGUUUGACUUUUGCGUUGUCGUAGACAUUUUUCCCCUCCGUGACUAACUUUUCUUCCGUGCUCGUUGCGUUCGAUUUAAUUUAGUGCGUUCCGUUUCUAUUAAUAUUUACGAUUUGUGAUUCGCAUUACGUUAUUUUCUCGUCGGAACCGCAACACAAUGGCGUUCACGGCAAUAUUAUUCAUGUUAUUAUUCACCGCGGUCCCCAUAUUGGCAAAUAAAUAUAUGCUCCCCAAAUUUGGAACCGAUAAACUCCCCUUAUUGGCAACAACCAAUGACCUCCCCGAAGAAUAUCCAGCAGAACGUGAAGAAGACACCCAUUUUCGUGAGUGGUUCCCUGACACGACCAUAAAUUCCUGUCCACCAUUUGGACACCCAGACAACAGCUAUAACGUAACGGUGUUAGGCACUAUAGCUCCGAAAAUAGGAGGAUGUGCUUCUUUGGUACCACCAAAACCCGAUAUUUUACCAUCAUCGUUUUCUUCACCAUCGUUUCUUUUACCAUCGUUUUCUUCACCAUCGUUUAAUUUGUGGCUGGGCAGUCCCAAAACCGGUGGUGGAAAGUGCGGCGAUAAAAAUAUGGACCACUACAUUUUUGAGUGUAGAUAUAAAUUCAUGUUUUUCUCAGAGGAACGCACACUAGAGGGCUGGAAUAUAUUGUUAUACGACGAAUUAUGGGCCGGACAUCCAGAAUUCAGAUGUGCUGUGAGUAUACUAUGUUUACGCAUACCUAUUCUAUAAAAUAUUAUAUACGAUUUCCUAUGAAAACCAAUUUUAUAAUCAACUUAUUGAGAAGAGGAGCGCAUGCAAACAACGACGCAAUUUCUUAAGCCGGACUCACAGCUACGUCGACCGUCGUGUCGUGUGAGGGAUUGGUUAUUAUGUUUACAACUGGUAACCAAUAUUGUUUAAAAAAGAGCUCAGAAUGUCUACUCUGAAAAUUAAAAACGAAUAAUAGUUCUAAUGAGCUUAUAUUAUUUUUACCGCAGAAUUAUAGAUAUCGCUAGCAAACAAUACCUCUGCCCAAACUGCUCCUGGCAUAUCCUUCAACUUUACUUGACUUAAAACAUU